UUUACAUGUGAUUACUUAAUUACUAUUCAGAAUUUAUGUAAACUUAAGCAAAAAGGUUGACGAUCCCCGCCUAAUUCAAUUAUCCGGUACUAUACUAGACUAAAUGGCUACAGUAACUAGUCUUACGUUAGUUAAUGUUGCAUGUCACAAGCUAUAAGGAAUCAAAUAGUCGCAUCCGUAAAGUUAAUUCCGAUAAUGAAUAUUUUGUCGUUCAUUCUAAGUUUUGUGGUUGCAAUCAUUGCGUAUUUAGUGUACACAAGUUAUGUGAAUACAUAUUCAAGUAUAGUAAUUAAGCCCGAUAAGAGAUAUGAUUAUAUAAUAGUGGGAGCAGGCACAGCGGGGUGCGUGUUAGCCGCUCGACUCUCAGAGGAUCCUGAUGUCAAAGUGUUAUUGGUGGAGGCUGGAGACCACAUGGGCUUCUUCACCAAGAUCCCGCUCACGUCUACCGCUGCACAGCAGGGACCUAACGACUGGUCAUUUAGAACUACGCCGCAGAAGUAUUCGUCUUUUGGACUUUGGGAUCAGACACAAAUUCUACCAAGAGGCAAAGGUUUAGGAGGUUCUGGUCAGAUAAACUUCCUACUGCACGGUUUCGGUCUACCUGAGGACUACAAUAGAUGGUCUAGGAAGGGCUUCAAGGGCUGGACAUUUAAGGACUUGAAGCCUUAUUUCAUAAAAGCCUUCGGGACCACCAUGAGCGAAUACGACUCCACAUAUUGUCAUGAAACGUCGCUUUGUAAUGCGGCGCCAAUGAAACUAAAGCUGCUAUCAGAAGACAAUGAGCUGAUGAAGACGUUCAAGAAGGCGUCAUCCAGCCUGGGCGGGCGCGGCACCGUGCUGCGCCGCGCCACCGCCACUGUCAGCGCUGGCUUGCGGCACUCCAGCUGGGACGGCUACUUGAAGCCAGCAAUGCACAGACCUAACUUACACGUCUUACUUAACACGCAAGCUGUUUCGAUUCGCUUCGACAACGUGACAGCGUCAUCACUAUACAUUCUGCAGAACCAUCGGAGUCUUGAUAAUAUAUUUGUGGAGCGAGAGAUCAUCCUGUGCGCGGGGGCCAUCAAAACUCCGCAAAUAUUGAUGCAGUCUGGUAUUGGAAGUCGAGAUCUUAUAAAACGGUUGAAGAUCAACCAGGUGGUGGAGAACGAGCAGGUGGGCAUGAACCUGCACGACCACAUGAACAUGCCGCUGUACGUGAGCGUGCGGAGGCAGCUCAGCAUCACGCUGGCCAAGGUCUUCACUGCCACCACGCUCUGGCAGUACCUGUGGACCAGACAAGGCUACCUGUCGUUCCCGCCGGUGUGCGGGGUGGAGUACCAGAACAAGUCAGCGGUGAUGUUGUUCGCGCUCGGCUCCGCCAGCGAGCGCCUGCUCAGGGACCUCUCCAACUACAAACAUCAGGUGUACCGAGACACGUAUCCAUUCUACAACGACACGAGGAAGGAGGGCUUCAUGUUCCUAACGACGUGCUCGCAGCCGCACUCGCGCGGCCGCGUGGCGCUGCUCGCCGCCAGCUCCGCCGCCGCGCCACUGGUCGACACCAACUAUCUACAUAAAUAUCACGACGUUAAAUGCAUGAUUAAAGCUAUUCGUCGUGCAGAACGUCUGAUAUCAACAAAGGCGUUCCAAGAGCUAGGGGCCAGGAUACACUGGCCGCGGCCGGAGCGCUGCAGAAGCUUGUGGAGAUACAGCGCAGACGACCAGACCGGAUUGAAACACAACAGGAAGAGGUUAAAAUCAAUGAAACAAGAGAAAAAGCCAAGAGAUGCUAAAGUAAAAUCAAAAUCAAAGUUAAGUCCCCCUGAUGAAUACUUGGAGUGCGCACUGCGCGAGGUGGCGGUGACGGGCCACCACGCCGCCGGCACCUGCGCCGCACCCACAGUCGUUGAUGAUCACUUAAGAGUGAAAGGCGUUAAGGGGUUGAGAAUAAUGGACGCCAGUGUACUACCAACCCCUCUAUCUCUGUACCCAAACUCAGUGCUGAUCGGAAUGGCGGAAAAAGCUGCAGAUCUUAUACGUAACGCGCCUGAAUCGUUAAUUUAA